ACAGUAAUACUUGCACUUAAAAUAUUAAUACAAUUAGCUUAUAAAAAAUAAUAGGUAUUGAGUAUUGGUAUUAAGAUAUAAUUAAAGACAAAAGAAACUAUGCUAAUAUAUUCCUAACAGCAAGAGCAUAUUUAAAACACUCUGAAAUUACCGUACUUCGAUUGUAACACAUACGGGAUUUAAAACGUUUACUGUUCUGCCGCCAGGGGGCGUUGUUUUACAACGAAAGAAAAUUUGUCUGUUUUUCCGGUGACAGCAGGAGAAUGACAGCACCGUCACUGGCGGCCCUUUGCAUCCCAACUCACUGCUCAAGACCGACUGAAACUACGUAAUUUGACAGACGUGGAGUCAGUGUGGUGGUCCUGGAGCAGAAAGGCGCCUGUCUUUGGACGUCUGUGCAAGUGUCUAAAAAACUAACUCUUUAUGUACCACCGGGAGACGAAGCAGCAUGGCAGAUGACAAGGAUGUGCUAAGAGACGUUUGGUUCGGCCGGAUCCCCACCUGCUUCACACUGAAUCAGGAUGAGGCCACUGAGAGAGAGGCGGAACCGUAUUAUUUGUUGUUACCCAGGGUGAGCUACCUGACUCUGGUUACAGACAAAGUGAAAAAACACUUCCUCAAAGUGAUGAAGGCUGAGGACGUUGGGGAGAUGUGGUUUGAGUAUGAAGGAACACCGCUUAAAUGGCACAAUCCAAUCGGGGUUCUCUUCGACCUCCACGCCUUCAACACCGUCUUACCCUGGAGCAUCACUGUGCACUUUAAAAAUUUCCCUGAUCGGGACCUGCUCCACUGCCUGUCCAACACUGUGGUCGAGGCCCACUUCAUGUCCAGCAUCAAGGAGGCCGAUGCCCUCAAGCACAAGAGUCAAGUCAUUAACGACAUGCAGAAGAAAGAUCACAAACAGCUGUGGAUGGGGUUACAGAACGAUAAGUUUGAUCAGUUCUGGGCCAUGAACAGGAAGUUGAUGGAAUAUCCAACAGAGGAGGAAGGUUUUAGGUACAUCCCCUUCAGGAUAUACCAGACAAUGAGCGACAGGCCUUUCAUCCAGAAACUUUUCCGACCCGUUUCACCUGAAGGCAAAGUCCACACACUUGGAACCCUGCUGAAAGAAAUGUACCCAGUGGCUUUACCAAAUGACGGUGAACAGAAACUCUACCAGGUGGUGAUCCAUGGCAUCGAGCCACUGUUGGAGACUCCAGUGCAGUGGCUGAGUGAACACCUCAGCCACCCUGACAAUUUCCUGCACAUCUGCAUCAUCCCUGUCCCCACUGAGUGAGGAGACGGCUGCUCAUCACCCUGACUGUUGGUGUGAAAACACAACGUAGCAGGCAGCGUGAAUGUCCCAGGAAACUGUUGAGGCCAAAUAGUGGAAACUCCGAAUUAACAGACUGUCAACUGAGACCAGAAUGGGGGAUAAAAUAAAGGAGGUGAAGGAGGUCUAUCGCUGACCUCCUUCUCCACCCUGUCUAUUUCUAUUUCUACUCCAACCGCCACUAGGGAUGAGGAGAGUCUCUUUGUGUCUUCUUUAAACAAGGAGACAUCACCACCACUCUUUACCGGGAACGUACACCUCCACUGGAGCAGGAGGCGUUAACAUCUGAGCUAGUUUCUCUCCAUCCUGGCGCUCACGUGUCUCAGACUGAUCCGAGAGAAAGACUGUCCUGUUGACGUGGAGACAGGUUCCUGUGGGGAUCAGAUCAGCGCGUCCUGUCCUGCUGAUGCUGCCUUAGUUACCACGCUUAUCAUUCUGUUUUGUCAAAGUUUACAUUAGAACCUGAGGGGGCUCCGUUUAGUUAGACUUCAUUAAUAACUGAAUAACAUUUUUGGGCUUGUUUACAGAAAAAGUCGGGGGUUUGUUUGGAUUAAAAUCCAUCACUGAAUAUGAUCAACAGAUUUUUUGUUUUGUUUUUGCAACUAACAGAAUGUGCCGCUAUCUGGUACUGUUCAUGCAUUUGUUUUUCCUCUGUUCUUCUGAGCUUGUAAAAAAAAACCAGUUUCAUACAACUUCUUAAUUUCAUAGUUUAAAUAAAGAGAAAAUGUCACUAAGUGUUUAUUUGGUCUCUAAAGUCGGAUCAUUGGAAGUGGUUUUAAAUCAGGCCUUUUGAACCGUCUAAUCACAGUCAAAAAUAAUAUGAUUUCACGCCACUGUUGUACAUUUCAAUCAAUACUUCAACCACAGAACACUGGAAAUCCAAGUCUGCAGUAAAACUUUGUAAGUUCAGCUGAAGCGUCAGCUAACCUCCUCCCUUUAACACACAUUGUUAGAACUAUACACUAUAACAUGGGGACUAAAAAUGUUGUACGGAAUGUAGAGCAAUAAAAAACCUGACGAA